UCAGCCUGCCAUGAGUGCAUAGAGGAGGAGUGGAGUGUCCAAGCAGGCACACUGUGCUGCUUCUGAAAAACCCUCCAGGAAAAAGGACUGGCCUUCCUACCCCACAAGGACCGCAUUCUGCUUCCAUGGACAUUUGAGACAUUUGGAAAGUUAUCUUUUGCCAUCGUUCUGUAUGCGUUCGGUUUCUGUCAGGGAAAACAGUUUUUGCUUUUCUGCAUCUGUUCAUCAGUCAGGUUGAUCAGAAAACCUCCAGACCAUUCACACAUCAGCUCAGCACAAGCAGCCAGAGUUUAUUACCGUGUGGGACAUCAGGACUAACAUCCGCUCCACAGGUCCGCUCAUUGCCACGCUAGCCCAGACGCUGGAGUUUGUCACUGGGCAGAGGCUUCUGCUGUGUCGGGGCUGCGCUUUGGUGGCGUCCCAGAGCCUGUCUGAGUGGGUCAACUGGGCUUGGUACACGCACGCACGCACGCACACACAGACACUCGGUGAGAAGCACAGACACACACGGGGCCACUGGACUUCAGAGCUUACAACUCUGGGUUCCUGGCCAUGAGGUUUGAUGCCUCCAUCCACUGACGGGACACACUGGACCUAAAUGGCGCAGCAUGACUUUGUGCCUGCCUGGCUUAACUUCUCCACUCCACAGCCCGCCAAGUCCCCUGCAGCCCCCGUUGAGAAGCAUGGAGAGCAUUUUGCCCGUGGAGAUGGCCGGCCUGGAGUGAGCCGUCGCAGACACAACUCAUCAGAUGGGUUCUUCAACAACGACCCACUCAGAACCCCUGGAGGAGACGGCUGGCUGCAGCCCUCGCUGUUGAGACAUGACUCUGUAGACUCUGGUGUGGCCAAGGGCUCGCAGGGCGGACUGGGUAGCGGCUCAGGCUGGAAGGACCCGACCAACUGGCACGGCCCCACCAGGGGUCAGGACGGCCCCCAUCACCACCAUGGCCGUCUCCAAAAACGCGGAGGAGGGGACAGAGACAGGCAGGGGGGCCACCGACAACGCAACGGCAACUAUCACCCCCGCAAAGGAGGUUCCUUCCAGGACCGCUAUUCGGACGAGGAGAGGAGCGAGGACAAGCUCAAGUUUGUGGAAGAGGAUUUUCCCUCUCUGAACCCAGAGACGACAGGAAAACCUGCAAAUCAGCCUCGUGCCGUAGGGACCCCUGCUGGAGUUUGGGAAAACCCACCUAGUUCCAAGCAGGCCAUGUCUAAGAUGCUGGUCAUUAAGAAGGUAUCUAAGGAGGAUCCUAAUGCUGCAUUCUCAGCUGGGUUUGCCAGUACCGGACCUCUGUCCACUAACAGCUCCAAAGUCCCCAUCACCGGACCCAGUGUCUACAAGAACCUGGUGCCCAAACCUGCUAUCACACCCACUAAGGCCGGUCCUUGGAAGGCCAAUGGAAGGGAAACUAAAGGUGGUCUGCAUUUCUCUGGUCGGGAUUCAGCCUUCACCAGUCCUUCUUCACUAUCCAAACCUCUGACCCCCAUCAACGCUACUGCCCUUAGCAGCCCUAAAGAGCCUCCCUCUAGCACCACCCCACCCAUUGAUAUCAAUGCUCCCCGUAUGAAGCUGAUGCGGCGCAGCACAGACAGGAAGAGUGAGUUUCUGCGAGGGCUGAAGGAUGAGAGGAAUGGGGAGGUGAGCGGCUGCCACAGCCCGGGGGCUCCAGCAGAGGGAGAAGGCAGCACACCUGAGCCUAAAGACUAUGGAGAGACCCAUGAGAACGGCCUGUCUCACUCCCUCAGUGACUCAGACACCGAGCAUCUGUCCAGCUCCCUGGAGGCAGAGCACAGGCUGCUGAAGGCAAUGGGAUGGCAGGAGUACCCAGAGAAUGAUGAUAACUUCCAGCCCCUCACAGAGGACGAACUCAGAGAGUUUCAGGCUAAAACAGAGCAGUUGAAGAAAAACGGGCGUAAUGGCAUGCUGUUGAGGUCACGUGGUGUGACCCUGCCGCUGACCUGGAGGAGCCCAGCGACCUCUGGCCUGGACGAGGACUCGGGAUCUGAGACCAGCAGCAGCCAGAGCUCUUCUGACGAAGACACCUAGCGUGGCUUUCCACCCCGCUUCUCCUCUUCCUCAUCAGCAUCAUCAUCAUCAUCAUCCAUCACCCGCACUCUGUCUCUCUCUCUCACUCUGUCUCUCUCUCCUCCCGUUAUUUAAAGAAAAUAUCAGAUUAUUUUCAUGCACAAGGGACAUCAACCAUAUCCCAGUGAGAGACAAUAUGGAGCUGUUAACUCAUGAGUCGUUUUUCUUUCUUUCUUUCUUUCUUUCUUUCUUUUUUCUUUCCUUCUUUGCCACCCCACCACCCUUUCCCCUGCCGCCGUCAAGUUUUUCUCAGUUAGCCAGAGCUAGACAUGUUUAUGAAAAACUACACUCACACACA